UGUGCGCUGCGCGCGCUUCCGGCGUCCACUCCCGCUUCCGCCCCUCCUUUGCGUUCUCUUUCUCUGCGGCAGCUGCAGCCAUGGGACGCGUGAGGACGAAGACGGUGAAGAAGGCGGCGCGGGUGAUCAUCGAGAAGUACUACACCCGGCUGGGCAACGACUUCCACACCAACAAGCGCGUGUGCGAGGAGAUCGCCAUCAUCCCCAGCAAGAAGCUGCGCAAUAAGAUCGCGGGGUAUGUCACCCACCUGAUGAAGCGCAUCCAGCGGGGCCCCGUCCGGGGCAUCUCCAUCAAGCUGCAGGAGGAGGAGAGGGAGCGCCGGGACAACUACGUGCCCGAGGUCUCUGCUCUCGAUCAGGAGAUCAUUGAAGUGGACCCGGACACCAAGGAAAUGCUGAAGCUCCUGGACUUCGGCAGCCUGUCCAACCUGCAGGUCACGCAGCCCACCGUGGGGAUGAACUUCAAAACGCCGCGAGGCGCGCUCUGAGCCGCUCGCUGUGUUGCUUUUACAAUAAAUGUGGGAAACCAA